UUUAGUCUGUUUCGUGUUUGCUUCGUGUGUAGUUCGAGAUGACACCAAUUAUAUUAUAUAUUUCGCUGAUCGUCAUCGCAUAUGGAAGUUCUUCUUCCCUCGCAUCUGAAGUCAGUAGUUGUAUUAACAGAAGCGCAAAAAGUUUACAAACGUUUUUCCUUCUUAAGAAGCAAUUUUGUCAAAUAAGCCGAGAGAUGGAGGCCAAUUGUAGCAGAUAUACUUAUGAGGCUUUGAAGCCUUUACUUGUUUACAUGCGACAAAUUAGCGAGGAGAUCAACAAAAGUGAUGCAAAGGAUAAAGAAAUUAAAGAACUGCAAAACAAGUUGAUUCAAGAACAGGGAAACAUGCUGAUCAACAACGAAUUGAGAGCGCAAAUUGCUUUCCAACAGGCCACUAUAGAUAGAUUAAUCGAACGCAUAAAUGCGACAACAGGGGAGAAUUGUGAUAAUUGCAAAUCCGAAUUAGCUGAUAAUACAGUCAAGUUCAAAGCGAAUGAGAAUCAAUUGAGGUUAGUGAAUGAAAAACUGGCAGAAAAUGCAGCGAAGCUACAACAAUGCGAAUUGCAAGUUAUUAAACAUGCGCAAAAAGUUCCCAAUAGUUGUGUCGCGUUCGGAGAAAGUGCGGGUGCUCAUCAGAUUCAAAUUCCGGGAUUAGAUGCAUUCGAUGUGCUGUGCGAUAGGGAGAUAGCCGGUCCUGGGUGGUUGGUUAUAGAGCAGCGUUUCAAUGGCAGAGAGAGUUUCAAUAGAGAUUGGGCCACAUUUCGCAAGGGAAUUGGUAGCUUCGCUGGUGAUUAUUUUCUCGGUCUUGAGAAAAUUCAUCGCUUGACAACUGAUCAAUUCAAUGAGUUAUACAUACACAUGGAACGAUUUGAUGGCAGCGUUGAUUAUGCUCGCUAUGAACAUUUUGUUGUUGGCAAUGAGACGGACAAGUACCGAAUUAGCUUCUUGGGAGACUUUUCUGGCAAUGUUAGGGACAAUUUAAGGCCGCUUUUAAACAUGAAGUUCACAACGGAGGACUCUGAUAAUGACUUGUGGAUGGAAGGAAACUGUGCUAAUUAUCGACAGGCUUUCUUGCACGGCAAGUUCCACGAUCAUGAGACAACCGAUUAUAGCUCAAUAUACUUUAAUUAUCCACACACAAUAAAGAAGCUGAUAAUGAUGAUACGUCCAGCAUUUAAGAAGUGAACACUUAAGUAAACAAAAAAUCUAAAAUCAAAAUCUUUUUGUAAUGUGAUCUUUACACUGAAAGCAAUAAAGAAAUCAAUAUAUAAUUAUUAC